AGACGGGGUUUCACCGUGUUAGCCAGAAUGGUCUUGAUCUCCUGACCUCGUGAUCCGCCCGCCUUGGCCUCCCAAAGUGCUGGGAUUACAGGCGUGAGCCAUGGCGCCCAGACAGGGAUCAAAGUUUUUAAGGAUAAUUUGGCAGGUUGGGGAAGGCCAGUGAGUGAAGAGUGCUGACUGGUUGGGUGGGAGAUGAAAUCACAGGGAGUUGAAGCUGUCCUCUUGUGCUGAGUCAGUUCCUGGGUUGCGGGGGAGGGGGCACAAGAUCACAUAGCCAGUUUAUCCAUCUGCUGGUGCCAGCUGAUCCAUCAAGUGCAGGGUCUGCAACAUAUCUCAAGCACCGAUCUUAGGUGCAGGUUAGGGAGCGUCAGAAUCUUGUAGCCUGCAGCUGUAAUUUCUAAUCUAAACCAUAAUUUCUAACCUUGUGGCUGAUUUGUUAGUCCUACAAAGGCAGUCCAGUCCCCAGGCAAGAAGGAAGUUUGUUUUGGGAAAAGGCUGUCAUGAUUUUUGUUUUAAACUUCAAAUUGUAAACUAAGUUCCUCCCAAAGUUAGUUCAGCCUAUAUCCAGGAAUGAACGAGGACAGCUUGGAGGUUAGAAACAACAUGGAUUUGGGUAGGUCAGAUCGCUUUCAGUGUCUCAGUUAUAAUUUUGCAAUGGUGGGUUCACUGUGACAAUCUUGAGGGACUUCCCACAGAACCCUCAGUUAUUGAAGCCCAAAGCCUCAGAAAUGGCGAGGAAGAAGGGGAGGGGUGUUGCGCGGUCAAACUCCACACUGUCUUAGCCGACCUCCGCCGCUUUUCCUAGAACGUCUCAUCUCUAUGGUCGACGGCGUUCAGAUUCCGGGGCAGACUAAGUUGUUCUUCCGGGGUGACUGCCUCUUCCAGGGCGGGCGGUGUGGUGCACGCAUUGCUGUGCUUCAACUCCCUCAGGGCCUGUGUUGCCGCACUCUCUGCUGCUAUGAGCUUCCUCAAAAGUUUCCCGCCGCCUGGGCCGGCGGAGGGGCUCCUGCGGCAGCAGCCAGACACUGAGGCUGUGCUGAACGGGAAGGGCCUCGGCACUGGUACCCUUUACAUCGCUGAGAGCCGCCUGUCUUGGUUAGAUGGCUCUGGAUUAGGAUUCUCACUGGAAUACCCCACCAUUAGUUUACAUGCAUUAUCCAGGGACCGAAGUGACUGUCUAGGAGAGCAUUUGUAUGUUAUGGUGAAUGCCAAAUUUGAAGAAGAAUCAAAAGAACCUGUUGCUGAUGAAGAAGAGGAAGACAGUGAUGAUGAUGUUGAACCUAUUACUGAAUUUAGAUUUGUGCCUAGUGAUAAAUCAGCACUGGAGGCAAUGUUCACUGCAAUGUGUGAAUGCCAGGCCUUGCAUCCAGAUCCUGAGGAUGAGGAUUCAGAUGACUACGAUGGAGAAGAAUAUGAUGUGGAAGCACAUGAACAAGGACAGGGGGACAUCCCUACGUUUUACACCUAUGAGGAAGGAUUAUCCCAUCUAACAGCAGAAGGCCAAGCCACGCUGGAGAGAUUAGAAGGAAUGCUUUCUCAGUCUGUGAGCAGCCAGUAUAAUAUGGCUGGGGUCAGGACAGAAGAUUCAGUAAGAGAUUAUGAAGAUGGGAUGGAGGUGGAUACCACACCAACAGUUGCCGGACAGUUUGAGGAUGCAGAUGUUGAUCACUGAAAAUGAUUUAUGCAGUUUAAGAUUCUGCUCCUAACCGUAGGAGAGAACUUGGUGCCUCUUCCACUCUGGAGUGAAGUUAAUGAAAGUCUUUUUCCUUUUCCAAAACCCAACCUGAACCAGUUCUUUCUUGAGACAGACUAUACUGAGACAACAAGUUGUCACCAGCAGAAGAUAGAUAAUAUGACCUUUAUUAACUUGACAAAUUAACUUAACUGAGGGGGUAUUUGUAGUUUAUUAUUUACCCCAAAACUUUCUGUGUCUGGGUACCCUCUGAGUAGGCCUAUAAUUCCUACCUUGACUGUGUGCAUCAUUUGUAAGCUAGCAGAUCCAUGUGGUGAAAAUGCACAGGAGCUUGGUGUAGGUAGACUGGGGGGGAAAGAGAGAGCUCCUUUUGCCAUGUUUUACCAGUCUGCUGUUAUAACCUGUUAGGUUGUAUCCUUUAAUUUCCAGCCUUUUAGGUUAGUUUCUAUAACAGAACAAGUGAGUCUGGGAUGAAGUCCUCAAAGUACUUCAAAUGGUAAUUGUUUUGUUUUUGUAAUAGCUUAACAAAUAAACCUAGGUUUUCUAUA